AUGUAUUCGAGUGGCCGCGAUUCGUUUAGAAGUAGAGAUUCUACUUCAUCUACGAGAAGUGACGCUCGUGAAAGGAUUAAGGAUUGUUUGCGAAAGUUCAUAGCGUUUAUGUUCACGCAAGUAGGCGUCGGUGCCCUUGUUGUGUGCUAUGCGAUACUUGGCGCAGCUGGUUUUAUGCACAUUGAAAAGGACAGCCCAGAUGAACAGCUAGAAAAUGUUAAACAGUGGAGAAUAAGUUGCGUUGAACAGCUCUGGGACAUUACAAAUAGAUACAAUGUCCUGAACCAAACUGCUUGGACUUACAACAGCAAUAAUGUACUAAAAGUUUUCCAGAAUAACAUCACCAAUGCAAUACGUCAAGGUUACAAUGGACGCACCCCUGAAGAAAUUUGGUCCUUUCCAGCCGCCUUGAUGUAUUCUUUAUCUGUGUUUACCAUGAUCGGUUAUGGGAAUGUAGUGCCAAAAACUGCAUGGGGAAAAGUUGGUACCAUAGCAUAUGCUUGUUUUGGCAUUCCUAUAUAUAUACUCUACUUCUGCAAUAUGGGUAAAGUAUUAGCCCAGUCAUUCAAAUGGUUGUACAUCACCGCUCAUGAAUGCAGCAGACGAGAAGAUCCAUUAUUAGAAGAUGGGGAAAUACAGCCAGUAAAGAGAAAAAUUACAGUGCCAUCAACUGCAUGUUUAUGGGUCAUUUCCUUCUACAUCUUGUCUGGCACUAUCAUGUUUGGAGCUUGGGAAAAGUGGAAUUAUUUGGAUUCAACCUACUUUUGUGUUAUUAGUUUGUGCAAGAUCGGUUUUGGGGAUUUUGUGCCUGGUGCUAAUAUUGCAGAUUCCGCUGAGGGGUCCCAUGUCAAGCUUGUUAUUAACUUUAUUUAUGUUCUUCUUGGUAUGGGUUUAGUGGCUAUGUGUUACAACUUGAUGUGUGAAGAUGUUCGUGUGAAAGUCAGAGAGCUGCGGGAGGAAUUGAAGAAUUGUUUGGAUGACAUUACUCUCAAGAUUACUGUUUGCAUGAAUGACACUAAAUAUUACCAUCAAAGACAGACGAGAAACAUUAAAUGA